UCAUUCUGUACAUGUCUGAGAUUGUGAGUAUACCUGCUUCCUUGCGGAUACCCAGCGCAAUACACUAACGCCACAUCAAUAGUCUCCCAAGAAGGUUCGUGGUGCUCUCGUCGCCGGUUACCAAUUCUGCAUCACCAUCGGUCUUCUGCUCGCUGCUUGCGUCGUCUACGGCACCAAGGACCGCGCCGACACCGGCGCCUACCGCAUUCCCAUCUCCAUCCAGUUCCCCUGGGCUCUGAUUCUUGGAGGUGGUCUUAUGCUGUUCCCCGACUCUCCCAGAUACUUCGUCAAGAAGGGCAGACUCGCCGAUGCCGCCGCCUCUCUUUCCAAGCUUCGUGGCCAGCCCGAGAACUCCGAGUACAUCCAGGUCGAGCUUGCUGAGAUCGUCGCCAACGAGGAGUACGAGCGCCAGCUCAUUCCCUCUGCCACUUGGUUCGGCUCAUGGGCCAACUGCUUCAGCGGAUCCGUCUUCAAGGCCAACUCCAACUUGCGCAAGACCAUCCUCGGUACUUCCCUCCAGAUGAUGCAACAGUGGACCGGUGUCAACUUCAUCUUCUACUACUCGACUCCCUUCCUCCAGUCUACUGGUGCCAUCAGCAACACCUUCUUGAUCUCCCUCGUCUUCACCCUCGUCAACGUCUGCUCCACCCCCUUGUCCUUCUGGACUGUCGAACGCUUCGGUCGCCGCACCAUCCUUCUCUGGGGUGCCGCUGGUAUGACCGUCUGCCAGUUCCUCGUCGCCAUCAUCGGUGUCACUGUCGGUUUCAACCACACCCACCCCGACCCCGCCGAUGCCACCAAGAGCAUUGCCAACAACAUUCCCGCCGUCAACGCCCAGAUCGCCUUCAUCGCCAUCUUCAUCUUCUGUUUCGCCUCCACCUGGGGACCCGGUGCCUGGAUUCUUAUCGGUGAGGUCUUCCCUCUGCCUAUCCGCUCCCGCGGUGUUGCUCUGUCCACUGCUUCCAACUGGCUCUGGAACACCAUCAUUGCCGUCAUCACCCCCUACAUGGUCGGUGAGAAGCGUGGCAACCUCAAGUCUUCCGUCUUCUUCGUCUGGGGUGGUCUCUGCACCAGCGCCCUGGUUUACACCUACUUCCUGGUUCCCGAGACCAAGGGUCUGUCCCUGGAGCAGGUUGACAAGAUGAUGGAGGAGACCACUCCCCGCACUUCCGCCAAGUGGAAGCCCCAUGAGACCUUCGCCUCCCAGGUCGCCCGCAACGGCGUCCUCGACAAGGUCCACGUCGACAACAUUGAGCGUCGCACUUCCAACGUCUAAGUGCGCGUCUAUCUUAAUGUCCAUUUUCAAUUCUAUCUAUACCCCUAGUCUACUACCCGUCUUACCGGGUGAAUAACCUGGAGGCAUCUCUGAAGCUGGGUCCGAUUUGGACACAUCUUAACAAUUUGUAAUGCGAAAUGUUGAUGUGGAAUGCAUGGCGCGUGGGGGGAUAACUUAGUCGUCACGGUUGUGACUAGUCAUACCACCGCUCAAAGAUAACUGUUAAUACAACUAAAAAGUUGAAAAUGAAAUACUAUACAUCUUG